AUGGCUCGCAUGGAUUUCAAUAAUAUUGUUGGCGAUCCCUUCGCCCUGAUAACGAUUUCAACAUCCCUGGUAUUCUGCUCUCGGCUUCUUUUCCCUUGGGGUGUUCGUAGGAGGAUGAUAAGUCUUUCCAGUGUCAGUUGGAUUUGGAUUCGAAAUGCUAACGACUCGUUUCUCGUCGAAAACGUAGAUAGCAUGGCUAUUAUCCUUCGCCACAUCGUCGGUUAUCUCGCUGCGGGCUUGACUUUUACAACGCUUGCCGUCAAUUCGCUGAUCUAUGACGAUCAGGCCUCCAAGCAGGCUGGUGCUGCGGGAUUCAUUCUCCAAUCCAUGGUUACUAUCGUCUGGAUAUUCUACUUCGGAUCCUCCAGCCAGACUUCAUCCCGUCCUUACCUUGACUCGAUGGGUGCCGGCAAGGAACACCCCUCCUAUCGCAACAGCAAGCCCCUGUCCACCAACUACGGUGCGCGGCCAGAGACGGUUGUCUCUGGUAACCAACCCCCCCAGAUGUAUACCUCUGCCCAACUCAACGGCUUCGAAACCUCCUCCCCUGUGUCCGGCUACCCCCCGACCGCUGCCAACGGCGCUGAAAAUGGCACCCAAAACCGCUUUGUCGGACCCGCCAUUGGCUCGCAGAGUAAUCUUGGCGGUGGAAGUACUCUUGGUGCCGACCACCCAUCGACUCCUAACGAAGUUAGCCAGCCAACCGUGUACCCGUACCGCGCCAAGGCCAUAUACUCGUACGAAGCGAACCCGGACGACGCGAAUGAGAUUAGUUUCUCAAAGCAUGAGAUUCUUGAUGUGUCAGAUGUGAGCGGGCGGUGGUGGCAGGCAAAGAAAGCGAGCGGGGAGACGGGGAUUGCGCCGUCGAAUUACCUUAUUCUGAUAUAGGUUCCUUUGUUCUUUUUAUGCUUUAGUUAUUUUCUUGCAAUUUUCCAUUUUCCAUUUUCGAUUUUUAUUUGUACUCAAUUCAAUUCGAUUCGAUUCGAUAUUAUUUUUUUAUUAUUCAUCUGAUGUUUUCUUUUGUUUGUACCUGUCAUUCUUCAUUCUAAGCUUUUUUUUUUUUUUUUUCGUUUGUUCGUUUUCAUGGAAAAAAAAGGUUUUAUUUUGGGGGAGGGAGAGGGAUAUAUGAUUUUCAUUUCUUACCAUCUUUUCUUCAACUUCUCUUUUUGACUCUCUCUCCCUCCCUUUCCAGUGGCAUGACUAUGCUCUCUUUUGUAUGUUGUAUGUGUAUGCAGUCUCACGUGUAUGUAUCUCGCUCACUCUCUC